ACUGCCAUUCACAAACCGCCGCCUUGUGUACUGUAUAGCGUACGCUUGUAAACGCUAUUUCUCUGGUCCGUCUCAAGUCGUCCGUUCCGCAUCUCCUCGCCGGUGGUGUAUUUGCUGUAUACGACAUAAUAAUAUUAUUAAUAUUAAAUUUUCAACUCGGCCAAGCCACCCCCGCUGCCAUCUCCAGAUUAUUUACUAUAUUAAUUGUACAUUGAAAAAAUAAGCAUAAUGUCUGACGAUGGAGUUGUUGCAGAAAAGAGGAAUCGUGGAAGAGCCCCAAAAUCAAAUGAUGUAAACGACAAAGACACUAAAGACAAAGAAACUAAAAAACGCGGCAGACCAGCAGGUAAACUACCAGCAAAAGCUGAUAAAAAGGUUGAAAAAGAAGGUGAAAAUGGUGAACCAGUAGCUAAAAGAGGCCGAGGAAGGCCAAAGAAGAGUCAAAAGAAGGUCAAAGCUGUGUCGUCAGGAAGAGGACGAGGCAGACCACCAUCAAAAAAGGUAGAGAAAGAAGAAUCUGCUGAGGAUAAUGACGAGGAGGAAGAAGAAGUAGAGGAUGAAGAUUAAAUUAAAAUUAGUUGUAUCUCAUACUAUAUACUUCGCCAUUAAUUUUACAUUUAUUUAAUAAGGAUCAAGAAUAAUUUUAACUUAAUUUAUUGAUUUCGGAAAAUUUUAUAUAAGCUUAGAAUAGGUUUAUAAUUAUUAUGUUCUAUUUCAUGUAAAGAAUGAAAAGAAUCAACAAUUUGUAAACAUUGUUUUUUUUCAAACUGAAACAUUUCAAGGAAAAAAAAAAUCGUAAACCAUUUAUCAACCAUACUACAUAAUUGUUAAUCCAAUUUUUUUCAUUUGUCAUAAUAUAUAUGAUUUAUUUCAAUGUUUUGUAUAAAAUAGUAGCUUACCCUACUAUUAUUAAAAGUAAUUUUGAUGACUUUUA